CGGGAGUCUGUCCGCCGCCACAUUGACCCGCGGCAUGCUGCUGUUGGCUUUGGGUGGCCGGUGGGCAGCGGGACUGCGGCCCGCGGGGAGGAGGACGACGUGGUGUGCGGUCGCGGCGCUCCGGGGUUCCGGGGUCGCCCCUUGGCGUGCGGCCUCUCCCGCCGGGCCCUCCCGCCUACCGCUUCGCGACGGGCUCCUGCCGCGAGCCGAGCCUUGCGGGCCAGGUUUCUUGUUUCAACAGUUACCCGUUUAUUCACAAGGAUGUGUCCGCUGCUUACAUACAAAACUCGAGAAAUCAGAAGAUGGGAGGCUGAUUUAUACUGGGAACCUGGCCCGAACGGUCUUUGGUGUGAAAUGUUUCUCUUAUUCUACAAGUGUGCUCAGCCUUACAUUUCUACCAUACCUUCUUUCACAAAGUAAUGUGGUAUUUGGAAGUGUGCCUUUACAAAUCUUAUUUUAUGGGAUCAUGGGAAGCUUCGCAGUGAUCACUCCCGUUCUGCUUCACCUUCUUACAAAAGGCUAUGUCGUUCGGUUGUACCAUGAAGCCACCACUGACACUUACAGAGCCAUUACUUACAAUGUUAUGCUUUCGGAAACCAGCACAGUGUUUCACCAAAAUGACGUGAAGAUUCCAGAGAGUGCACAUGUAUUUACCACCUUCUAUGCUAAAACAAAAUCACUGUUAGUUAAUCCAGUGCUCUUCCCAAACCCAGAAGACUACAACCAUCUAAUGGGUUAUGACAAGCCAUUCACUUUUGAUAUGGAAGAAGUCUGUGAAAAGAAACUUCAAGAGGAUGAAAAAUGAACCUGUCCUUCGUUUGCUUAAGUGUCAUGUAUAUUUCAGUGUAUUAUAAGAUUGCUUUUAUUUUGUUAUUGUUAGUAAACGAUUGUGAAAAACAGUGUAAGGGCGGAGGACACAGUGCGUUGGUGUAGAGUUUGCCUUGGUGAGGCCCUAGGCUUGACCGUCACAG